CCCGGCCCGGCCCGGCCCGGCCCGAGCGGACGGCUCAGGUGUCGACCGCGACCGGGCUCCGCACGCGGCGGCGACAACUGAGGGCGUCGCGUCAACCUCGGCUUCCCUCGCCCAGACCCGUCGGGGGACCCGAUCCAAAUCCCGAGGAGAUCGAACGACGACGAAGGUCUGCAGUUUCUACCUGCGAGACGUCCUCAUUAAAUUAGCACGGCGGCGGCGGAAUUCGGGCCCGUCCUUCUGACGAUUCCAACCCGUCCGGAAACCGAGGGGAAGCGCGCCAGGAGACGCAGUCGUGUAGCGGAGCGCCGUAUUGGAGACGAGAAAAUGACGGCGGCAGCGUCAGAAGACCUCUUCCGCCAGAAGGCCGUUUGACGCCCUCUCCCCGCCUCCCCCGGACCCGUCGGGGUGGCCGGCUGGCAUGGCGCAGAGCGGCCCGCAGCUGGACGGCCAGGUGCUCCACAACCUCCGGCAGCGUUUCCCCGAGAUCCCCGAGGGCGUGGUGUCCCAGUGCAUGCUGCAGAACAACAACAACCUGGCGGCCUGUUGCCGGGCCCUGGCGCAGGAGAGCAGUAAGUACCUGUACGUGGAGUACCACAGCCCGGAGGACAGCCGGAUGAACCGGAACCGCCUGCUGCACAUCAACCUGGGCAUCCACCCGGCGGGCGGCUACCCCUCGGUGGAUGGCGCCCAGCUGAACGGCGCCCGGGCGCUGGUCCACAGCACCAGCGAAGGGCACGUGGAGCCCCCGGGGCCGGGCCCGGGGAAGCAGCUCAUCUGCCUGGUGCAGGAACCGCACUCGGCCCCGGCCCUGGGGGCGGCCGCCGCCGCCUCCCCCGGCUACAACCCGUUUUUCACGAACGAGCAGAACCGGAACGCGCCGCCACCCCCGCCGCCGCAGGCGCCCGCGGCCGCCCCGCCGCCCGGCCUCCCCGGGCCCUCGCCCCCGCCGGCCCCGCCCCCGCCGCCCCCCUACGCCCACGUGCCUCGCUACGGCACGAACCCCAUCACGGUGACCGUGUCCCAGAACGUGCCGGCCGGGCAGGGCGGCGGCCGGUCGGUGCAGAUCCGGCCCCCGCUCCCCAGCAGCCUCUACGGGGCCCCCGGCUCCAUCUACAUCCGGCAGGCGUCCCAGGGCUCCCCGGCCCGGCAGGGGCCCCAGCCCGGCCCCUGGCAGCCCUCCCCGCAGGGCCCGCUCCCCCACUACGGCCCCCGCCCGCUGCCGCCCCUCUACCCGCACCCGGCCGGCUUCCAGCCUUCGCAGUACCCCCCGAAGCAGCCCCCGCUGGGGCAGUCCGCCUUCCGGUCCCCGCCUUCCUCCCAGUGCCCGUCGCCCUUCGGCUCCCCCCAGCACCAGGGGCAGGCGGCGGCGGCGGCGCUGGGCCACCAGAGCGCCCACGUCUUCGUGCCCCCCGGGCCCGGCCCGGCGGCCCCGGCGGCCCCGUACCAGCCGCCGCCCCCGCCGCCGCCGCCCCCGCCGCCCCCGGCCGGCUACCAGAAGCAGGGGGCCCACUCGGUCUCCUACGUCCCUUACGCCGUGGCGGGGCUGGGCAAGGGCUCCAUGAAGAAGAUCGAGAUCACGGUGGAGCCGUCGGGCCGGGCCGGGGUGGGCGCCAACCGGAGCCCGUCGCCCAGCGGCACCCAGCCCUCCCCGCGGACCCCGCACCCGCUCUACGGGGCCGCCCCGCCCCCGGCCGGCUCCCCGUCGCGGGCCGCGGCCGGCCCGCCCAAGCCCCCCUUCGGGGCCAGCCCCGUCUACAUCACCUACACGCCGCAGCCCAGCGGGCCCGCCCCGCUGCCCCGCGCCCCGCCCAACCCCACGGCCGUCUUCAAGAUCACCGUGGGCCGCGCCGCGCCCGAGAACCUCCUGAAUCUGGUGGACCAAGAGGAGCGCUCGGCCGCGCCGGAGCCCAUCCAGCCCAUCUCCGUGGGCCCGCGGCCCGGCGGCGAGCCCGGGGCCCACAGGUACCAGAGGACGUGCAGCUCCGGCUCGGACGACUACGCCUACACGCAAGCUUUGCUUUUGCAUCAGCGAGCCCGCAUGGAGAGGCUGGCCAAGCAGCUGAAGCUGGAGAAGGAGGAGCUGGAGCGGCUGAAGUCAGAAGUGAACGGGAUGGAGCACCACCUGAUUCAGAGGCGCCUCAGGAGGGUCAGCUGCACCACCGCCAUCCCCACGCCAGAGGAGAUGACCAGAUUGAGAAGCGUGAACAGACAACUCCAGAUAAACGUUGACUGUACCCUGAAAGAAGUGGACCUCCUACAGUCUCGAGGCAAUUUUGAUCCAAAAGCCAUAAACAACUUCUACGACCACAUAGAGCCCGGUCCAGUGGUGCCCCCCAAGCCAGCGAAGAAAGACGCGUCAGACCCCCCCUGCAUAGUAGAGCGAAAAGCCAGAAGGAUCAGCGUGACCUCCAGAGCGCAAGGCGACUCGCACGAUCCCCAAGCUGGGGCCACCUCCACCGCUGCUACUGAUGACCACCCGGCCACGUCCAGGCAGGCCACGCCCAGGCAGACCCCGCAGGCCCCGGCUCGAGACGAAGACUUGGAAGGGGCCCCGUGGAACUGCGACAGCUGCACCUUCCUGAACCACCCGGCGCUCAACCGCUGCGAGCAGUGUGAGAUGCCACGGAGCACUUGAACCGCCCGAGGCCUGGCCGCCUCGCCUCGCCUCGCCACUCCGCCGGAGCGUUGAGGGCGGGACGCCAGCAAGGAGGCCGC